CUGAUGCUCCAGAGAGGCACCAUCCAGUCCAUCUGAGGCACUUGUGGGAAAGAUUUGAAUCACAGAUACUGCUAGAGCCUGCUUGAAAAAUGACUUCUAGAUAAGAGCUGCAAUGACCUAGACCAUACCCACAGCAGAGAUGAAUGCAUCUGAUGAAUCCUCCUACCAAGAGGAAGUGCUGCUGGGUAACUCCACCUGGGGCUAUUCCUACUACCAUCAAAACUACACCCUAAUCCCUCCACUAUCAGACAAGAGCAGCACCUCUAAACCUGCAGCAUGCGAGCAGGUCCACAUUGCUGUCGAGGUCUUUCUGAUCCUGGGUAUCAUCUCACUACUGGAGAACAUCUUGGUCAUCACAGCUAUAGUGAAGAACAAGAACCUACACUCCCCUAUGUACUUCUUUGUAUGCAGUUUGGCAGUAGCAGACAUGCUGGUGAGUGUGUCCAACGCCUGGGAGACUAUCAUAAUUUACCUCCUCAACAACAGACAGCUUGUAGUGGAGGACCACUUCAUCAGGCAGAUGGACAACAUGGUUGACUCCAUGAUCUGCAUCUCUGUCGUUGCAUCUAUGUGCAGCCUGCUGGCCAUCGCUGUGGACAGGUACGUGACUAUCUUCUAUGCACUGAGGUACCACAACAUCAUGACAGUGAGGAGAGCCGGCUGUAUCAUCGGGGGAAUCUGGACCUUCUGCACUGGCUGCGGGAUUGUCUUCAUCAUCUACUCAGACUCCACCCCUGUGAUCAUCUGCCUAAUCUCCAUGUUUUUCGCAAUGCUGCUCAUCAUGGCCUCCCUCUAUAGUCACAUGUUCAUGCUUGCUCGCUCACACGUGAAGCGCAUUGCUGCCCUACCUGGCUACAACUCAAUCCAUCAGCGCACCAGCAUGAAGGGGGCCAUCACUCUGACCAUCCUCCUGGGGAUCUUCAUCGUCUGCUGGGCUCCUUUCUUCCUCCACCUCAUCCUGAUGAUCUCUUGCCCACGGAACCUCUACUGUGUGUGCUUCAUGUCCCACUUCAACAUGUACCUUAUCCUCAUCAUGUGCAACUCAGUGAUUGACCCGCUGAUCUAUGCCUUCAGGAGUCAGGAAAUGAGGAAGACUUUUAAGGAGAUCAUCUGCUGUUACAGCCUGCGAAAUGCCUGCACGAGCAUCUGUGCUCUGACCGGUAAGUACUGAGAAAUACAGAAGACCAAUGAAAGGAUGGGUAUAAUGAACUGACUGAAUCUGACACUGGAACAGAAAUGCUACUACCUGAGGACUGGUUCACUGCACUUUUCAGCUAGUACAAUGUACCGUCAAACACAUAUUUACAUUUUAUUCAGCAACUAUUGAAAAACAUAAGCUGGAAAGGGGACU